AGCCCCCCCCCCCCCCAUGAUUUUACUUUCACUGUGUCGAGGGUCAACACACAAACACACACACUUCAUACAUCAAAGGAGGAGGACUCGUCUGCUGUCAACCAACAUCAAGAAGAAGAAGAAGAAGAAGGCGCGUCGGACUCUGACCAUGUGGACAGUCCUAGCUGCCCUGAUCUGGAUCUUCAACAUCCCAACAGUGAGCUGCCUGCUUCACAUGGAGGCUCCUGUUGGAGGAAACGUCCUAUUGUCCUGCGUCUACAAAGACUUCGGCUCCGCCCCACAGAAUGUGUCCUUCCUCUGGUGGGACAAACAGAAGAAAGUCCUGUUAGUCAUCGACCACAGCGUCCCUGAGGUGAGACUGCAGCAUCAGAUCUUCAGAGGUCGAGUUCUCACGUUCCCCGGUCUGUACAGGAAGGGGAACUUCUCCAUCGUCCUGCAGGACGUCCAGGAGGAGGACAGCAACGACUACGCCUGCAUCAUACCACAACUGAACGUCCAGCAGGACACCAGACUCUCUGUCUCAGGUGAAAGUCGUGUCAGAGCAUCAUCCCUCCAUCUGACUGCUUUGUGUCUCUCUCUUCUUCUGUGGUGGAAACUGGACUGAUGCUGCUCUCUCAUAGGAAACAGUCAGUGAAUUCACUCCAAGUGAAAAAUCAAUGUUAUAUGUAUAUAUAUGUAUAUGUAUGUAUGUAAUUUGAAUGAUCCAGAAUCGAUGAGUGAAAUCCAGAGAUGGAUGUGGUCGUCACACACAGACCGAGUCCUGUCCAAUCAAACUCAUCCAUCCUGUCAAUCAGAGCUGAUAUCAGCAGCUGUUUGAUGGCUGAUCAAUACACAAACAAAGACAGAAAAGUUUGAGCUUCCCCGUCAGUUGACUGAAUCAAAUUGACUUUUUAUAAUGAAGAAAACUGGCGAUAAAUAAAUAAUCAUUUAUUAAAUGUAUUGAUCCACCCUAGCUUCACAGGAGGAAAUGUGAUGCGUUCACUGACAGAAAAAUACAUCAAGAAAAUGUGAAGAAGAAUGAAACAUUGAUCGUCUCUGUCCACUCCUUCAUGAACAACACUAUGCUUCACCAUUUACUCAAGUUUGUUAUUCAGUUUCUCUUGUGUGGUAACUAUGGUGACGGAUGACAGGAUGUGUUGGUGUCUGCUGAAGUCACUAUGAAACUCAUUAGUGUCCUCUGCACAUCUGCACCUCCUCAACCGAGCUUUUAUUUUGAAAUAAAAAAUAUUG